AUGGCUUUGAAGUUUUUGAACAAGAAGGGAUGGCACACGGGGAGCUUGAGGAACAUAGAGAACGUUUGGAAGGCUGAGCAGAAGCACGAUGCCGAACAGAAGAAGUUGGAGGAGCUCCGCAAGCAGAUUCAAGAUGAGCGGGAGCGUUCUGAGUUUCGUGUCCUCCAGGAGCAAGCUGGUCUUGUACCGAGGCAGGAAAGGUUGGAUUUUCUUUAUGAUUCGGGAUUAGCUGUUGGCAAGACCAGUGGCAGUUCCAGCGGAGGGGGAGUUGGAGUUGCCUUCAAGGCUCUUGAAGAAUCCAUUCCUGGCACCACGACCACUAACAACAACGCACCAUCCUCCUCCUCUGCCCAGCAGUCAUCUGCCCCCGGAGCUUUAUUCGAGGACAAGCCUCACUCUUCCAAUGAUGCUUGGAGGAAACUCCAUUCCGAUCCUCUGCUUUUGAUUCGCCAGCGUGAGCAAGAUGCCCUUGCCCGCGUCAAGAACAACCCUGUCCAAAUGGCCAUGAUUCGUAAAUCUGUCAAAGCUAGUGAAGAGAAGGAGAAGGGCCAUGAUAGAAAGAAACACCGGAAAAAGGAUAGUCAUAGUAAAGGAAAGCAUCACAAGCAUUCAUCAUCAAAUCCACAAUCUGAUUCUGAGAUUGUCAUUACUGAAGGAGGUAGAAGGAGAAAGACUAGUGAUCACAAGCAUUCAUCUUCCAAACGACAAUCUGAUUCAGAAAAUGUCAGAGUUGAAGGGGAAAAGAGGAGAAAAACCAGCGAUAGCAGGAGUUCAAAGUAUGACGAGCGUCAUUACAAAGCACAAGUUGAUUCAGAUGGCGAAUCAACUGAAAGAGAAAACCCAAGAGGAAGUAAUAGCUACAGGGGUUCAAAAUACAGAGAGCGAUCUCCUCGUGGAUUCUCACACCUAAAAGCUGCAGAAAAUGAUGGUCAUGACGCUCACAGGAAGAACCAUGGCAGGUCAAUGAACGAGAGAUAUUCAUUGGAAGGCAGGUCAGAUCUUAAUGCUGAUAGAAAGGAAAGGGACACGAAGAGUUCUCGUGAAGCAAGGUCCUAUGCUUCUGCUGAGUCAGUUCACCAUGAUUCAAACUACAAAUGCCGAAAAGUUGCUUCUAAACUGACAGAAGAAGAGCGAGCUGCUAAGCUAUGGGAGAUGCAAGUUGAUGCUGAGUUGCAUGAAGAGCAAAGAUGGAAGCGUUUGAGGAAGGCAGAGGAAGAUGAUGUACGAGAAGCUACUCGUGCAAGCAUGUUGGGUGGCAGGAACUUCCUAGAUGCUACUCAUAAAAGUGUGUAUGGAGCUGAGAAAGGGGGAAGCUCAACCAUUGAGGAGAGUGUCCGUCGCCGUGCAUAUUAUUCACAAGGAAAGUCUGCAGAGGGUGAUGGCAAUGCCUUUCGCCGGUGA